CCGGCCCAAUAAUGUCCGGCCCAAUGUCAAACUCCCUCCUUCUACAUAAAACCCUACGGCCGGUAAGAAUUCAGAAUUCAGUAUUCGGCGAGAGCAAAGCUUUAGCUUCCUCAGCCAUUUUCAGUUUUCCUUCAGGACUGUGUGUCAUCCGAGGGGAAAAGAAAACGUAGUGAACGAUGACGAAGAAAGAGAGGAAGGUGAACACGUCGGGGAAGCCGAAGCACUCCCUGGACACCAAUCGGAGCAAUGGAGCCAGCAGCAGCACCAACUCGCGAAGUGCGGCCACCGUCCGCCGACUCAAGAUGUACAAAACAAGGCCGAAGCGUGACAGCAAGGGAAAAGUUCUGAAGCACGAUCUCCAAUCGCAAGAACUCCCCAACACUCGUAUUCAGCCGGACCGACGAUGGUUUGGGAACACGCGUGUUGUGGAUCAGAAAGAGCUAGAAUUUUUCAGGGAAGAGCUGCAGAGUCGUAUGUCAAGUAACUACAAUGUUAUUUUGAGAGGGAAGAAGUUGCCCUUUUCUCUUCUGAAUGACCACCAGAAGCAAGCUAGAGUUCAUCUUCUUGAUACCGAGCCUUUUGGCGAUGCAUUCGGACCUAAGAAGAAAAGGAAGCGCCCAAGACUUUUGGCUGGAGAUUACGAGUCUUUGGCCAAGAAAGCUGAUGAAUCUCAGGAUGCUUUCGAGGAGAAGUAUGGGAGUAGUGCUACUGCAGAAGGGGGAGACGAGGAUGGGUUUAGAGACCUUGUUCGCCACAAUAUGUUUGAGAAGGGCCAAAGUAAGCGUAUAUGGGGUGAGCUAUACAAGGUUAUAGACUCAUCUGAUGUUGUUGUACAAGUUUUGGAUGCAAGGGACCCCCAAGGUACAAGAUGUUAUCAUUUAGAAAGACACCUGAAAGAGCACUGUACACACAAACACAUGGUGUUUCUACUAAAUAAGUGUGAUUUAGUCCCCGCUUGGGCAACAAAAGGAUGGCUCAGGGUGUUAUCCAAAGAGUAUCCAACUCUAGCAUUCCAUGCAAGCAUCAAUAAGUCAUUUGGCAAGGGUUCUCUUCUGUCAGUACUGAGACAGUUUGCUCGGUUAAAAAGUGACAAGCAAGCAAUAUCAGUCGGAUUUGUUGGCUAUCCCAACGUUGGCAAGUCUUCUGUCAUCAACACACUUCGGACAAAGAAUGUCUGCAAAGUUGCUCCCAUACCAGGGGAGACUAAAGUGUGGCAGUACAUAACACUUACCAAGAGAAUUUUCUUGAUUGAUUGUCCUGGAGUUGUCUAUGAGAGCAAAGAUUCUGAAACAGAUAUUGUACUGAAGGGUGUGGUCCGUGUCACAAAUUUGGAAGAUGCUACAGAACACAUAGGAGAAGUUCUGAAACGUGUGAAAAAAGAACAUUUGAAACGUGCUUAUAAGAUAGAAGACUGGGUCGAUGACAAUGACUUUCUGGUUCAGCUGUGCAAAUCUACUGGCAAACUUUUGAAGGGAGGUGAGCCAGACUUGACGACUGCAGCAAAGAUGAUACUUCAUGACUGGCAAAGGGGUAAAAUUCCCUUCUUUGUCCCUCCACCAAAACAAGAAGAAGCUAGCAAGGCAUCAUCAGGGGAACCUACAGUCAAUGGUAUCGACGAGGAGGCUAUUGGAGACAAGAACAGGGCAUCUGCAGCUUUCAAAGCAAUUGCAAACGUCAUUUCGACCCAGCAACAGCGAAGUGUGCCAGUACAAAGGGAUCUGUUUAGCGAGAAUGAGUUGAAGGGUGACAAGCCUGAGCAGCAGUCAGGGGAGUCCAACGAUAUAGGUGAUGAUCAACCUGACACAGAAGCAGAAGAAGAUGACGAUCAACAAGACUCUGAAGCAGAAGAUGAUGACGAUCAACAAGACACUGAAGAAGAGUCGGAUGAUUGAGUUACCUUUUUUAUUCAAAACACCCAUGCUCCUUCUGCCUUGUUCUCUAUUUUUAUUCUCUGGAAAGUACAAACACCCUCGUGCUUUAAAGUUCUGUUCCCUUCAUGGCAGCAUCUUCUCUGUAUCGUUUCAAUUUUAUCUGAUGUCCACAAAUGGACUCAUGGCAGCAUCUUGAGUUGAGAGUUGUAAUGUAAGUUAAAAACAUGUACAAAAGCAGUGAGGGAUAUAUCAAACGAAUAAUUACUAUUCACUGCUCCUGUCUUGUCACCUUGUGAGGAAAAGAAGUCGACAUGAAUGCAGCAACAAUGGAUACGGAGAAGAGCUCAUCAAAUUUCCUCAUAGAUGAAAGUUCUGUAUUUGACAUAUUUCAAGAAUUUGGAUUCUGGAUCUAUUUUGAGAGAAAAGUGUCAUUUUCAUUCAGUCUCUGUUAAUAGGCCAUACCAUCCCCCUAAUCAUGG